AUGCAUUCCUUCAAUCAGAGCAUUUUCCACCCUGCAGUGUUCUUCCUUACUGGCAUCCCUGGCCUUGAAAUUUCUCAUGCCUGGAUCUCCAUCCCAUUCUGCUGUCUCUAUGCCAUUGCCCUCUCUGGGAAUGGCAUGAUCCUCUUUGUCAUUAUCACUGAGUCUACUCUCCAUGAACCCAUGUACUAUUUCCUUUCCAUGCUGUCCUUCACUGACCUAGGUUUGUGCCUAUCCACACUGGUCACUAUGCUAGGUAUUUUCUGGUUCAAUGCUAGAGAAAUCAGCUUUGAUGCCUGCAUUGUCCAAAUGUUCUUCAUCCAUGGCUUCACAUUCAUGGAAUCUUCAGUGCUCCUGGCAAUGGCCUUUGACCGUUUCAUUGCCAUCUGUAAUCCAUUGAGAUAUGCCACAAUCUUAACCAACUCACGGAUUAUUAAGUCAGGCUUUGCAAUUGUUAUUAGAGGAACAACAGCUCUGGUGCCUUUACUUCUGCUCCUUAAACGUCUGUCUUUCUGUCAAAGUCAUGUGCUCCACCACUCCUAUUGCUUCCAUCCUGAUGUGAUGAAGCUUUCAUGCACAGACACCAAGAUCAACAGUGCAUUUGGGCUGGCCAUUGUCAUCUCUACUGCUGGCAUAGACUCUAUCUUGAUCCUCCUCUCCUAUGUUCUGAUCAUCCGCUCCGUGCUCAGCAUUGCUUCCCGAGAGGAACAGAAAAAGGCCUUCGGUACCUGUAUCUCACACAUAAGUGCUGUUGCCAUCUUCUACAUCCCUAUGAUCAGCUUGUCCCUGGUGCAUAGAUUUGGGAAGCAUUCUUCUCCUUAUGUGCACACACUCACUGCCAAUGUCUAUCUACUCAUCCCUCCUGUAAUGAAUCCCAUAAUCUACAGUGUGAAGACCAAGCAAAUACGCAAGGCUAUGCUCAAAAUAUUCCUUUCUAAGAGAAUUUAG